AUGGAUUCUUUCCCUUCCACCAACCUUGCGCUAAAGGUGACAGGAGAAAGUGUGAUCUCUACAGAAAAUGUGGCAGAGGACAGAAUCAGACGUGAGGAAGAACAGGAGAUUGCUAACAAUAAGCGUUCCGUUAUUUGGAAGAGAUCUGGAGGGUGGAAAGCGGCAACCAUCUUGCUAGCAAAUCAAUGCCUGAGUACACUAGCUUUCUUUGGAGUUGGUGUGAAUUUGGUGCUGUUCUUAACAAGAGUUCUUGGUCAAAGUAAUGCUGAUGCUGCCAAUAAUGUCAGCAAGUGGACUGGCACAGUUUAUAUGUGCUCACUCAUUGGAGCUUUCCUCAGUGAUUCCUACUGGGGCAGAUACUUGACUUGUGCAAUCUUUCAGCUAAUAUUCGUCUCGGGGUUGGUGCUGGUAUCGGUAUCAUCCUGGUUUUUCUUGAUCAAACCAGAAGGAUGCGGUAAUGGAGCAUUAAGCUGCACGCCGGCAUCAUCAAUGGGAGUAGCUAUUUUCUACUUGGCUAUAUACUUAGUAGCCUUUGGAUAUGGUGGACACCAACCUUCUAUAGCCACAUUGGGAGCUGAUCAAUUUGAUGAGUCGAAACCGAAAGAGAGAAAUUCUAAGGCAGCUUUCUUUUGCUAUUUCUAUUUUGCACUCAACUUUGGAUCGCUAUUCUCGAACACCCUUUUGGUGUAUUUUGAGGAUCAUGGCAAAUGGACCCUAGGUUUCCUGCUAUCAUUAGGUUCUGCAGUCUUAGCCUUGGUGUCAUUCUUUUUUGGGACACCUGGUUACCAGUAUGUAAAACCUUGCGGCAACCCUUUGCCUCGAGUUGCUCAGGUGUUGGUGGCUGCAGCUAAGAAAUGGGACGUUAUCCCGGCGAAACCUGAUGAACUGUAUGAAGUAGAAGGACCGGAUUCUGCUAUCAAAGGGAGCAGAAAGAUUCUUCACAGUGAUGAUUUCGAGUUUUUGGACAAGGCAGCAACAAUGACAGAGGAGGAUCUAAGUCACGAAAAGAAUCCAUGGAGGCUUUGCACAAUAACUCAAGUAGAGGAAGCCAAAUGUGUUCUUAAAAUGUUACCUAUUUGGCUGUGCACUAUAAUUUACUCCGUUGUCUUCACACAGAUGGCAUCCCUCUUUGUUGAGCAAGGAGAUGUCAUGAAUUCCUUUAUUGGAAACUUUCACCUACCAGCUGCUAGCAUGUCUUUCUUCGAUAUCUGCAGUGUCCUUGCUUGCACCGGAAUUUAUCGCCAAAUCCUCGUGCCAUUGGCCGGAAAGUUGAGCCGUAAUCCUAAGGGCUUAACUGAGCUUCAGAGGAUGGGAAUUGGACUCAUCAUUGGAAUGCUAGCAAUGCUUGCAGCAGGUGCUACGGAGAUUGAAAGGCUCAAGCAUGCCACUGAAGGGCAAAAAGUUAGCUCUUUAAGCAUAUUUUGGCAAAUUCCACAGUAUGUUCUUGUUGGUGCAUCUGAGGUUUUCAUGUAUGUAGGUCAAUUGGAGUUCUUUAAUGGGCAAGCACCAGACGGGAUAAAAAGUUUCGGAAGCUCACUUUGCAUGGCUUCAAUCUCUCUUGGCAACUUUGUCAGUAGCAUGCUGGUCAAUAUGGUGAUGAAGAUUACAGCUAAAGGUGACCAACCUGGAUGGAUCCCAGAUGACUUGAACACAGGCCACAUGGACAGGUUCUACUUCCUGAUUGCAGUGUUAACAGCCUUUGAUUUUGUGAUUUAUUUGUUCUGUGCCAAGUGGUACACGCCUAUCAACCUUGAUGACAGCCAGAAGGGCAUUGAGAUGGAAAAGCAAGAGGGUGAUGUGCUUGCAAGAGUUUAA